AUGGUGGCGCUGGAGGAGGUUGCCGAGCGGGAGGCUCGGGGACGGAGCGGAAGGCUCCAGGCAACGGCGCAGCAGCGACGCCACGGUCAUCUUCAGCCAAGUUUAUGUGUAUCCGCAGAGUAUGCUCCUGUCUUCCGAAGGUACCGUGAGCGGGAUCCCUACAAGCUUCUUGGUGUUGAUCGUGAUGCAUCUGAAGAAGAGAUCAGGAGUGCAAAAAACUUUCUAAUUCAACAGUAUGCUGGGCACGAAGCAAGCGAAGAAGCUAUUGAAGGUGCUUAUGAGAAGAUAAUAAUGAAGAGCUACCAGCAUCGGAAGAAAACAAAAAUUAAUCUUAAGACCAAGCUAUUGAAGCGAGUCGAAGAAUCCCCGUCAUGGGUUAAGGCUUUGCUUGGAUACUUUGAAGUGCCAUCAAUGGAUAUUAUUUCCAAAAGAUUGUUCUUUUUUGCCUUCAUCGCCGGAUGGAGCAUAGCGACUUCUGCUGAGAAUGGACCUGCAUUCCAGCUUGCGAUAUCACUCUUCUCGUGCAUAUACUUCCUUAAUGACAAGAUGAAGAACCUUCUCAGAGCCUCCACCACUGGGUUCGGAGUACCUGUCGGUGGCUGGAUCAUUGGUUCAAUGUUGGUCCCUCUUAUUCCAACAUUUAUCAUCCCACCUACAUGGUCCCUUGAGCUUCUUACCUCGUUGGUUGCAUAUGUUUUCUUGUUCCUGGGGUCCACUUACCUCAAAUGAAACCCCGCCAAUCUUGUAACCUGGAACUGUAGAAUCGUUGGGAAAUUUUGGCAGUCUCUGAUAUCAUCUACUCUUUGUUUCGGGGAAUUAGGUGAAUUAACUGACGGUGCUCUUGAAUCCUC